AUGAAGGCGAUUAACGUCAUUUUAGUUUUUAUGGUCUUUUUCUUUUUGCUUGAUAUUUCUAAAAGCUCUCCUUUGGAAGGACGUGAAGAGCUACAUUGUAUUGGAGGGCAAGAUGCACCGUGUGGAAAAAGACCAGGUGGAGGAAUUUACUGCUGCACUGUAACAGAGCCGGUUGCUGCUUCUCAGAUGGCUCCUUUUGUGCAUCAUGUUGAUUAUUGA